GGGGGAGAGCGCAAACCGACUCGUCGAUCCAAGCAAGGCCGAAUUCCAGGAAGAAGCCAGCCGCGCGUCGUCUUCCUCCCUCGUCGCUCCCUAUAAAUACGCGCGACCGCGUAAGCCGCGAAGAAAAAGUAAAAAGGGAGGAGAAGAGAACUAGGACCGACCAGCGGCGGGGCGGCGAUGGAGAGGGGCGGUGGCGGCGGCCGCGGGGACGAGAUGAUGAUGACGUCGGGCGCGACGGGCCGGAUCGUGCCGGUGUUCCGCUCCGUGCUGUCACGGCGCGCGCUGCUGCGCGUCGCCGUGGCGCUGCACUCGCUCUUCAUCUGGCUGCUGGUCCUCGUCGGCGAGCUCCGCCGGCGCCGGUCGGUGUCCGAGGCCGCGGCGGCGGACGCGGGGGCCGGGACGACCUGGAGGGCGCGGCGGCGGCAGCGGCAGGCCGCGGAGGAGGAGGACGUGAGGCGCCGCAGGGCGCUCGCGGAGGAGGUGGCCAUGGCGGAGGACGCGGCCGCGGAGCAGGGGACCAGGUCGGACACGUUCCUCGUCGCCGGUGCCAGGAGGAACGCGCUCUUCUGCCGGCUCUGGGCGCCGGCCUCCAAGGAGAUGAGGGGCAUUUUGGUCAUCAUACAUGGUCUGAAUGAACACAGUGGAAGGUAUUUGCACUUUGCUGAGCAACUGACAGCAUGUGGCUUUGGAGUGUAUGCAAUGGAUUGGAUAGGGCAUGGUGGGAGUGAUGGCCUGCACGGCUAUGUGCCUUCACUAGAUUAUGUUAUCGAAGACAUAGAAGUACUUCUUGACAAAAUUAUGAUGGAGAAUCCAGGGGUCCCUUGUUUUCUUCUGGGUCACUCUACCGGUGGAGCUGUAGUCUUGAAGGCAUCUUUGUACCCUCAUAUCAGAGAGAAACUGGAGGGGAUCAUCCUCACAUCACCGGCUCUGCGUGUGAAACCUGCCCAUCCUAUUGUUGGGGCUGUGGCACCGAUAUUCUCUCUGGUAGCACCCAAGUUCCAGUUCAAGGGAGCAAACAAGAGGGGCAUCCCCGUGUCCCGCGACCCAGCUGCUCUGCUUGCAAAAUACUCCGACCCAUUGGUCUACACAGGCCCGAUCAGGGUUCGGACGGGCCAUGAGAUCCUGCGCAUCUCCUCCUACCUUCUGCACAACCUGAAGAAGGUCACCAUCCCGUUCAUGGUCCUGCACGGCACGGCGGACCGGGUGACGGACCCGCUGGCUUCGCAGGACCUCUACAAGGAGGCCGCGUCAAGGCACAAGGACCUGAGGCUGUACGACGGGUUCUUGCACGACCUGCUCUUCGAGCCCGAGCGCGACGAGAUCGGUGCCGAGAUCAUCGGCUGGAUGGACGGGAUGCUCCGGCGGCAGGCCGUGUGAAUGGCAGUUGCACGGUGGUUUUCGCAAUUCAUUCUUGGUGGUGUUUUUCAGAAAGUGAUCUAUAGAUUUGGGUGUGGUGUUGUGAUUCUCUUUUGAAUUUGCAAGCGGGAAGAGAUGAUAUCUGUUCCAAGAUGCAAGAUGGAUGCAAUUUGUGUUCUGUAACUAUCAGUAUAAUAACGGGGAGAGGAGUAUGCAUUCAUGGUUUUUGAAUC